AUGAAAGUGAUCACGAAAAAGCCGUUAGAAGGAAAAUGCGGAGAAAUAACUGACAAGCAUUUGGGGAUAAAGCAUGCUCUUUGGGAAUUUAAUCCCGGCAAGUGCUUGUUGCCGGCGUUUUUCGAAAAUUAUGCUCCGCAAAUUUUGAGCGCUCCAGUUAGGAAGGAUGAUGUCUGGUUGAUUAGUUAUCCAAGAACAGGUUCAACGUGGUGCCAGGAAAUGAUAUGGUUGCUAAAUAAUAACCUGGAUUUUCAAAAAGCUCAAUCGACUGUUCAGCAGCUUCGAGCUCCUUUAAUAGAGAUGUCUGUUGCUCUUUUUGAAUAUACAGAUCAAUUUAAAGAUGUCUUCACGAAUUCAGUCGACUAUGUGAACAGUCUGGCUUCUCCAAGAUGUAUCAAGAGUCAUCUUCCAUUGCAGUUACUUCCCGUUGAACUUGAACAAACAAAACCUAAGAUAAUAUACUGUACGAGGAAUCCAAACGACACCUGCGUUUCAUUCUACUACCACGUCAAACUUUUACACGGCUUUAACGUAACUUUCGAAACAUUCUGUGAGCUAUUCCUCAACGGGUCUGUCAUCUACGGAGAUUUCUUCGACCACGUGUCUGAGUUUUGGAAAAAACGGCAGGACGAAAACGUUCUCUUCAUCCAAUACGAGCAAAUGAAGAAGGACAGUCGAGCAGCCAUAAGAAAAAUUGCCAAAUUUUUGGAAAAAGAUGUGACUGACGAUGACGUAGAGUCUCUCAACAACUUUCUUCAGUUUUCGAAUAUGAAAGAAAAUAGGGCUUGUAAUUGUGAGGUACUUUUAGAUAAAAAAGGAGGAAAGAAAUAUUUUGAAAAAGCGGGUUAUCACUUUAUUCGAAAGGGUGAAGUAGGGGAUUGGAAAAAUCAUAUGACUCCUGAAAUUGAAGACAAAUUUGAUGAUUACAUUAAAAGAAGAACAUUCGAGACUGAUUGUAACGUGUACUGAAUUUUGAUAUUUUUAUUAUUUCUGACAAAACAUGGUAAAUUUAUAGUAGAGUAUCUGAAUUGCAGGCACUAAAUUAUGAGAGAUGAUAAAAUUGAGUUUUAACUACAGCACUGUUGUCAGGUUGUGUUUAUAGAUAAUUUAUUAACUUCUAUAUUAAGAGGAUGGGUACGUAUUUUCGGCUGCAAUGCUAUUCAAAUGGGGAUUCAUUUUUUCGAAUCCUGAGAAAACUCAUAAGUAUUUUUGAAAAAUUUAAACUCAGAAUGAAAGCUUACGUUAUUAGUGAGGGCCGAAAGUCCCUGAGAACUUCUAUAAUGUUUAUUUUAAUAAGUUACAGAAGUGAAAAACUAAGAGAAAAUUUAGUGUGAUUUUUAAUUUCAAGUAUCUCAUUCAAAAUAAACUUUUUAUUUGUUCUAAGGGACUUUCGGUGCUCGGUAAUAAUUUAGUCGUUCAUUCUGCGUUUAAAUUUUUUAAAAGUAUUUAUUAGUUUUUUCAGGAUUCGAAAAAAUGGACACCAUGUCCGUGGUAAUAUUUUCCAAAUCUAUCUUUGUUACAACGCACUCAGUCGAAUAGAAUAUUGUCAGCAUAUUGUCAGUCAGACCGUGACAAUCAGUGACAAUAUUAAAUACAGUAGGAAAAAUGAAAGAAUACCCAUGCGCCAUCGAUGAUAUGCAUACGAAUCAAAUCAAAAAUUUCUAGUCAAAACAACGUCUAAACUAAGUUAAUACUGUAAAAAAACGGAUGUGACUACUACCCCACCGUACGAUUUUUCGCUACGUAAAUGUGUCAAAAAUUUUUUGUGAUGUUAUUCUUUUUCUGAUAAUACGUAUAUAUUUAUUGGUAAUAAAUGUUACUUUUACUACCGUAAUUAAUUAUUUGAUAAAGAUUAAUAAUACACAAAUAAUGAGUAAGCAAAAUAUAGAAUAUGAAUUUCUCCAUGUUAAAGUUGCCGGACGUAAAUAGUAACAGGAAUUUCAAAAAUGUCGUUUAUGUCAGCUGCAUUAAGUGACUUACAGUUUCUGCUCAAUUUAUUAGACUCACCCUAGAAAUAUCAGUUAUUUUAAUUUGAAACACCUUAAGAGUAUGUUCAAAGUCAUACGGAACUGCUGAAUGGGUUAAAUAACAAUUACAUAAUAAUCAUGCUACAUAAUUAAGUUAAAAAUGGUGAAACUUUUUGUUUGAAUUGUGAAAACUUGACAGAUGGCAAUAUAAUGGGCUAAAAGGCCGCAAUGCCUUGACUUUUUUCAACUUUAGUUUUUUGUUAAAUUUGUGAUUGGUGUUCAAUUUUCGUAAAAUUUGCAGUGGUGAGUGUUAUAUUGUUUCUAUAUUAAUGUUAGUUUUUAAUUUGUUUAAUUUAUUUUAAGAUAUAAAUAUGUUAAUUUCUAAAAGACGGAAUAUCUUCAAUUGGAAUUUUUUCAUAUGGGUGACUGUAAAGAUUUUUCUGUUGAGCAAAUCUCUUCUGUUACUGCUCUAUUAGAAAAUAUCACAUGUUGUCAAAGAGGAAUAGCAAAAAAAUGUGGUGUAUCUUAAUCCUUAGUUCGAAAGUUGAGUCAAAACCCUAAAUAGAAACAUUCUGGUUCUAUUAAUAUCUUAAAAUAAAUUAAACAAAUUAAAAACUUACAUUAAUAUAGACAUAGAACAAUAUCAACACUCAGCACUCCAAAUUUUACAAAAAUAUUAAACACCAAUCACUAGUUAAAACUAAAAAGCUAAAAUGGAAAAGUCGAGUCACUGCACACUGUGAGCACACUCUAUUGCCAUCUGUUAAGUUUUCACAAUUCAACAAAAACAUUUCACCAUGUUUAACUUAAUUGUGUAAAUAGCACCAUUAUUAAGUGUUAUUUCACCCAUUUAGCAGUUCUGUAUCACUUUAAAGGUGCUUGAAAUUAAAAAAAAAACUGAUAUUUCUAGGGCGAGUCUAAUAAAUUGAGCAGGGACUGUAAAUGAAAGUAAACUUAAUGAAUUCAGAUCAUUUUGGUAUCCAGAUCAUUUUCCAGACAUUAUCUGCAAAUAAAUGUACAUUCUUUAAAAAUAUACUAAUCUGUAACCCGGUUUCAUAAUCAACUAAAGUUCACUUUAACGUUGACAUUACCCAUAUGAAUUGCAUUGAUAAAGGUACCAACUUAAAAUUUAAAGUCCACUUUAACUGAUUAUGAAACCGAGAAUUUUAUACACUAUGAUUGAAAAGUCAGAGUAAUAUGUACACGUUUGACCGUUUGACAAACUCAUAGACAGAAGUUAACCAUAUUGACAGAUGACUACUUACACAUUUUAUUGACUUAUUUUAAUUAAAUAAAUAUGUACUUACCAAACCAAAAAUACAAUAUACGCUCUGAGCUUCGCUGGUGUCGCUCCUAGCGGAUUAGUAAUGCAACUUUCACCGGUAAUUUUUAAAUUUAUUAUUUAAUUGUUAUCGCUUAAUAUUUACACCGCAAAAAGUAAUUAAAUUGUAAGCGAUUUUUUUAAGAUUUUGCUAAUCAUUUUGAAGUUUUAUUGAUGAAAUAUUAAUUUCUUACUUCGGAUACUUUCACAAUUAUCGUGUAGAUGGCGCUAAGAUUAUUAGAUUAAUUUAUAAUUACAUAUUACGGAACAUUAAAAAAACUUAAAUUCAGUAUUUAAAACGUAAGUAUAUUUAAGGUAAAAAUAUAUACCACAGCUUUGACCAACUAAUAUUUUUUAUAAUUAAUGUUUUUAUUUUUAAUUUUAAAUUAAUCACUUUGACAUUUAUGUCAAAUUUCCAGUAAACGUUUACAGACUUGUCACUACUGGCGCUCGCUAUUUUUUAAAUAUCCCCUCUACGUACGAGCUCACAGCGUAUAAUAUCAAAAUAGCUUUUACAAGAACUGAGUUUAUUCAAGUAAAUACGACUGAUUAUUAAAAUUUAUAAACUCUACCGAACCUAACCCAGUUUCACUGUCAAAAUGACAGAAAUCCAAUCAGUCCGAUUAUAGUUGACCAGCACGAUUACUCGAAUAGUAGUUUAUACAAUUAUUAUCUCUACUGAUGUUGAAUGUUUUUCUAAGAAUGACAUUAGAAGUACAGAAAUAGUCAAGUGAGAGUUUAAAUUUUCUACUAAAUUAAUAUAACUACGUUGAACAAUUGUAUCGCCGUCUCACUCUGUCAGUUAUAAAUAUGUAACUGCGUAUGUCUUGGAUAACGUUUUUGCUUUGUAGAAAACACUUUAAUCUAUCUCUCUCGUUUGUUAUUUAUAGAAAAAGGCAGCAAAUCCAAAAUAUAAUCCAAAUUGAAAUCUGACAACUAUGUAUACAAAAUCUAAAGAUAGACACAGUCAAAAUUCAAAAAUAGUUGCCCCAUGGGCCUUUAGUAUUUACAUUGAACCCUGUCUUCCUUCUCAACAAAACAAACAAAUUCUUGUUUUGUUAGAUUUUCACACAUAGGGUGGUAUAAUUAUUUUGCAGGUGUCUAACUGCCUGACCUACAUUUGUGGUGUCAACAACCUAAGUCACAAACAGUUCUUGUACAGUGAUGUCAGAUUAGUUAAUUUUAUGAAAAUAAAAGUUCGCUUAUAUGGAGAACAAUGUAUUUUUUUGGAAACGGUUAACUUUAGAAAAAAAAUGUUAUAGGACUUUUUUGUUCUACAUUGUGUAUUAUAUCCACACCUUAAGGGAACGCACUAUUUUCGGGGACACCCUGUAUAUUAGUCUGGGCGCUUACCUGAAGCUUAUUUAUUUAGC